UGAAGGUUGAUAUAGAGGUUUUGAGGCGAGUGCUGUCAGUGGUUGGACAACCUCAGAGCAGAAUGGCUGCAGUCGCAGAGCUCUCCUUCCUGCUGUUUGCUCUCAUCAACAACAUUCAUGCAAAAGAACUUAUCACCAUCCUAUAUGAAGGGGACUCUUACACCUUCAACCCCCCCAGGGAGGACAACCUCUGCCUGAUCUCCAGAUUUGUUGGUGAAGAGAAGCUCCUCCUGUGGAAUACCUCUGCCCUCUGGUCCGAGAACUCCACGGUACCUGAAGACUUGAAGCGACGACUUUCAGUUGGCAGCGUUAAUAAUAUUUCUUCUUACACGAUCCAGAACCUGACCCAUUCCGACUCCAGCCAGAACCAAGAGGAGUGUUGGACCGAAGGCAAAGUGACAUCUGACAUCAGUAUCACUGUUUGUAAGACAAAGGAUAAAGACAAAGUGAUUCCAGUGAGACUUGGAGAAACAGUGGACCUGCCAUGUGAGGGAGCGGCUGACAAUCAGGAUAUCCAGUGGCUCAAGCAAGACCUUAGAUAUGAGGAAGAAAUAUGGACAAAAGUAUUUGAGGACGAUACAACAUCGUUGAUGGACAAUGUUAAAGUGGUGAAAACCACAUCAGCACUUCGUCUCUCCAACUUCACAUUAACAACGUUUCAAUGGUACAUCUGUCUGGUGAUGAACCAGCAGCAGUGUGUUAGCAGUCACCCUGUAGAGUUAGACCUACACACAGAGUUCAUCUACCACUCAGUGGAAGAGACGGCUGUGCUGCAGUGCAAUGUGACUGAUUUCAGUGACGACCAGCCCCCAGUUUGGAUGAAGUGGAAUUUGAAAAAAUAUAUUGGAGACGAUGGGGCCCGGGCUCUCCGGAGUGGUCUCUGUGGCCUGGCAUGGACUGAGGUUUCAGGGUGCAUUCCUAGGUCCUGA